AUGAGUCACUGUGAUCGUUUGUGUGUGCAGAGUGGCGGUGUUUCGCUUUCGGGCCGUCUGCAAACUCGCUUCUUUGAGCUCGGAAUGAACUAUUAUUUGGGUAUGGAAUUUGCAAGAGAAUUCGACAAGCUGAAGAACGAUGCUGCCAAGGAACUGGUGAAGGAUGCCCGUGAGCACGCUCCGCAGGCAACCAAGACAGCCGUGGCAAGGCUACGUUUUUCGAUCAUGCACGCCAUAGAUCGGCUGUGGUAUGAAGCCUGUUUGGAGGUCAUCCAGGAGGGUGAUGUCUACAAUCCAGGCGGUCGAGCAAAUAUUCCACAACUCUACACAAUUGAUUCCCCUCUGGAGGACAACCUAGGUGAUUUGCCGGUUGCGGAAGCCUGUGUGCUCGCACGCCGCCCUUGGGUUGUCACUGGGGCUGAUGGCGCCAGCGUCAUGGCACGGUUGGAAAGUGGGCAGAAGUCGUUCCCAUUGCCGGUUGACACCCCCGUCAAUGAAUUGAAGAGGGACACAAAGACUACCCUCAAGUCCCUCAAAAACAACGACCGAUUCAUUCCGCUGGCCUCUUUUGAGAUCCUUUUCAGGGCUGGUGGCUACUCUAUCGUGCGCAACACUUCUGGUUUCAUCGUCAAGAUGCCAAACGAUGUGAAGGUUCACAGGCUCAGCGACUUGAGCAGAGGUGUCGACGGUUACUCCGAAUCCAAGGUUGCCCUUGCGGCUUUCCCAGUGGCCCAUGUCGUCUGCAACCGCGCAGUGAAGCUGAAUGUCAAGACACCAAAAGCCCUCGAAGGCUACAUGAUGGCCUUCGUUGGAGAUGGACAGGCGUCGCCCCAUUUCAUGCGAUACAGUGGUUUGACCGGUGCCUGCAUCAACUGUAUGUCAUUCAACAACAUGAUCGGUCAGGCGGUUGCUGGAAUUGACUACAAGGCCCGCGUCCAGCGAUACGGGCUUGAAACGAACUGGAGCAAUGGCGAAGUUGUUCAGCGUGGAACUGGAGCUAACUACGGAGAGGACGGAUUCCUCAGGCCGGGUUUCACAUACACACUCCUGGUUGACUACCUCUACCAGAAGGCCCAAGAGUACCACGAGACCGGCCUCAUCAUGGAGCAAAAUAUUCUCUCUCGUGACUGGAAGAUCAAGAUGGCCGCGUCGCUGGUGCCUCGUGGGUUGGAAAAUGACUCGGUGUACCUCAGCGCCAUGAUUGGGGAGUUGCGCAACGUGCUGAAGCAGAAGUUCGAAGAUGGCGUCAAGUUAGAGAUGAACAUGAACGAUAUGAACGAAACCGAGAUGAGCCGCAUCGAUUCUGACUUGGAUUUGUACUUUGAAGCCUUCAAAGGGACGUCCCCAGCCCUUGAAAGGUAUUCUUCAGACACUAGCAUGUUCAUCAAAUUCACCACCGACGCCUUGGCAGACGCGAUCAACUACUCCUUGGAGUUGCGCGCCGACAACAAGAGAUUCACCUCGGAGAUGUUCACUCAGCCCAAGCCCGUUGACUCCAUUGUUGAUGACUUUGCUGUGGAAGCUCAGAACUUCGCCAACUCGUUGACGCAGUCAGUCGCCUUUGCCGUCGCUGCUGCGGGGUUGGCUGUUGUGGACGGCGCUGGAGCAUGGGCAUCGUUGGUUUCUGGUCUUUUCAGUAUCUGGUUUGCCUUCGGGACCAUGACCAAUGUUUCCCGUUACAAGAAUCGAAACGAGGAGCAUAGGCGCUACUACGCCGAGAAGAAGUUUUUGAAGGUCCAGAAGGCUGUCUUUUCUUUGUUGCGCCGAGACCAGCGAGAGUCAAUGAUGUUCGAAGAGAAUCCUUAUGCUGUGGACCUAGACAACCUGGCCAACGAAUUCAUCUACAAGGCCGGGUACUACGGCUAUUCCGAUGCUGUGGUCCAAUCCUUCAAAGAUGCGUACGCAGAAUUCAAGGCAGCGAUCCACAAUGAUGGGGCUGCCGCGAAAUUCAUGCGAGCUGUCGUCGGCGAUUUUAUCCCCAAAACUUUCCACGCGAACUCAUACCUCCAAGAACAGCUCGUCAUGAUCUACGCUGCUACCAAUGAGAUCCGACAAGGCAGAACCCAGGGUGGCCAAAUCCAGGGCGGCGAGACGGGGGAUGUUUUGGACAUGCUCAAGACUUUCAAGCCUAAAUUGGAGGCCUCGUUGGAGUCUCAAGCGAUUAGCUAUGGAUUCUUCAAACGCCGCAAGUUCAGCCAGUGGGCUGUUGUGGUAUCGAUCCGCUACUUCCUCUCCUUCUUCUUCCCUUCAUCUGCGCGGUGUUGGGUACCAGACCUCGAGAAUCCUGAACGCGAUGAGGAAGAUUCGUCCCGAUGGAUCAAGCAACAACUACCUCUUCAACCGCGCAAUUGUUGA